UUCCGGAAGGGCCGGGAGGGGGCGUCGCGCGCUGACCGUCACAGGGCGCCGCCGGGGACGAUGGCGCUGCUCGCCUUGCUCCUCCUGGCCGUGGCCCUAGCGCGGGUGUGGACAGACAACAACCUGACUGCGAGACAAGCAGAUCCGGAGGACACGCCGCAGACGGACACAGGUGAGGAUAGAAUCUGGUGUCACGUUUGUGAGAGAGAAAACACUUUCACCUGUGAGAACCCAAGGAUGUGCAAAGUGGACGAGACAUACUGCGUUAUAGCGGCCGUGAAAAUAUUUCCACGUUUUUUCAUGAUUUCAAAGCAGUGCUCUGCUUCUUGUGCAGCGAUUGAGAGACCCAAGCCAGCGCAGAAGCCGUUUCUCCUGGAAGCGCCCAUGCCCUUCUUUUACCUCAAGUGUUGUAAACUUCGCUAUUGCAAUUUAUACGGGCCAUCGGUGAACCUAUCAGUGUUCAAAGACUAUGCUGACAGCUCCAGUGAGAGGAGCUGUGGCAGGCUGGGGCUGACCGCCCUCCUGCUGCUGGCCUCCGCCGCAGCUGGCCUCAGCCUGCCUUGACACAGGACUGUAUGAACUGAGCCUUCGGGAGCAUGGCCGCACUCCACACCGUUGUAACCUGCUGCAUUAAACUUGUUUUCUGUUGAUUACCUCUUGGUUUGACUUGCCAGGGGUCUUGGGAUGGGAGGGGAGGGAUCAGGUGCAGUUCGCUCUUUACCCUCAAGGGCUCUUCAGCUCACAUUCAGAGCAAGGUCUCCUGGUAGUGAUUCUGGCGACACGUUUUUCUCUUUGAAAUCAAACCUUGUAACUCACUGAUGGCUGAUGGCCACUCUUUUGCUGGACUCCGCUCUGCCCCUGGGGGCUUCAGUACUGGUGGGGAGGGAAGCCUGACCACUCACGAGAGCACGUGCUCAGAUGCUUCUGACCGUUCAGGUGAAGCAGGAACACUAGGGGAGUCUGAAUGACUGGGGUGAAGACAGCCCUGGAGUGAAGGACUCCUCAGCACGGGGGGUGGUGGGACACACAGAGGGAUGCCCCCAUUCCAGUGGUGGAGGCACCGGGGAUGGCUGCCUGUCCUCCGCCUUUCCCACCACAUCCCAGGAGGCAGAUCA